UUUUUUCAGAUUAAAAAAGAAUAUGGCGUUUUUAUCAUUAAGCACGGUUUUAGUUGUCUUAGUUUCCAUGGAUACAAAAUCAUUCGCUAUGCACAUCGAUGUUGAAUUUGGUAACUUUGAAGCAUUGACUUGCUACACUUGCCCAGAUAAACACAACAACAAACAAUGCAACAAGUGGGCUCCUGAUAUCCCUUGUCCAUUUAGACACACAGUAUGCAAGACUGUACAUCGUUUCAACAACAGCACAGGACAAAGCUUACACGUGGACAAAAUGUGUGCCAUGCCAGAACAUUGUACCAGUGAUGACGUGGGCUGCAAGGCUACCGACAUAGAGGGAGAAAUCGAAUGUGUUUCCUGCUGUACAGUAUCCUAUUGUAACGUCGCCGUACCGUAUAACGUUACUACGUCACAGACGCUAUCCAUUUCUCAGACUGGUUCAACAGGAAGUCACGUGUCGAUUAUAGACAGGUUAAUGCUUGUUGCUACAUUUUCGUUGACAGUUUUAGCCAACAUCUGAAAUACAUUAUAUGCGUUAAAGUAGAAGUGCAGCCUUCCAAGUGCUAUAUAUAAUAUAAUUUAAUCCGUAAAAAUAAAGACAGACAAUAAACAAAUUUCAUGGUCAAUCUAUGUGUGAAGCUGUUUGAUGUGAAAAACGUUAUGUCAACUUGCAAUUACUUGAUGAACAUGCAAGUGAUUUAUUCUAUGGUAUCAGUGAGGAAAUAUUUCUAUUUGUUUAUAUAUUUAUGUACUUGCAUAUGAAUAA